AUGCCGAAGUACUACUGUGAUUACUGUAAAUCAUAUCUCACCCAUGACAAAAUCAGUGUGAGGAAGCUGCAUCUACUGGGAAAGAACCACAUCAAGUUAUACUGUUCUUACUACCAAACCAAGGCUACACAACUAGGCAUUUGGGAUCCACUGGAAACGAGUUAUAGCCUCGAUCUUGCCUACUUGGCCUCUCCGGCACCUGGUCCUGAUGAAUACGCUACUGCAAAACAACGUGAAAAGGAACGAUUGUUGGUGAAGCGAGCAGAGGAUGUUGAAGAGUCAUUUUGUCUUCCGCCGCCGCCAACACUCCACGGAAUGCCUGCGCCGCCACCUGCUGCAUUGAAGCAUACAGAGGAAUAUGUCAAUCUGAUAAAUGUGCAUGCUGCUCGUCUGAAUCCAGAAAUUUAG